CGUGACUGGGUGCGAAAAAAGCUCCCGUUGGACAACAGAACCGACCAACCGCUCGCCAACGGUCACGGAGACACUGCGCUCCGUUGACACACAGCCGUACUUCUGAGGGGGAAUACUUGUGAGCGGAAAGGGGCAACGUGAGCUUCACACUAUCGGUGCGACUCGUUAUAUCGGCACUGAACUGAGUUUAGGGCGUGCUGUAAGUGUAAACAGACCGAGUAUUGACCACCGAUAGUAAACUGAACUUUUCCGAGACCCAAAGUUGUCAGGCAGCGCAUCUUGCACGCAUGCGCAUCCUUCUAUCCAGCUCUAAAUAAGAGUUAAAACAGAAACGAGGUUGGGGAUAUCACAGGAGUGGGAAUGACCGACACACCACCCAGUGAUGGCCCCUCCAAGGGUGCUGAGUUUGAUAUGAUGGGUGCUCUGGACUGGAAGGACGGUAUUGCCACGCUGCCAGGCAGUGACAUCAGGUUUCGCAUGACAGAGUUUGGGACUCUUGAGAUCGUUACAGACCUAGAGGUCAAAGGGCAGAAGGCAGAGCCUGAGACCUUGGACCCAGCUCAGUCUCACACUCCUACCCCUCCACCAGAGAGCCAAUUGCAGACUGGCAAGGCCACAGCUCCAGUCAAUCAGAGUCAGCCAGGGUCCUCUAAAGGUAAAGGCCCCGGUCCGGUGCUUCUGUCUUUAGAUGAGGGUCCUAGUACGGAGGGCCCUAGUGUGGAAGUUGGUCCCAGUGUUGAGGUUGGCUCUAGCGCAGACAUGGGCCAAAAUGGGGAGUUGUCCAGGUGCCGGGCCUGUGGCGGCCGUGUUCCCCGAGACGCCCUCCUUCAGGGCAAAUUCUGUAGCUCCAUUUGUGCGCAGCCCUCCAGUGGCAGAUCGUCCCCAGGGGAAGCGAGGGAGAGUCAAGCGGUUGAUGGGGAGAAGCUGGGUAAGCGUGUGCGCAAAAAGAGGAAGAUCUAUAUGGAUUCUGGUGAUGAAGAGGAAGACAACCAAGAGGAACCAGAGGAAAAGGCCAAAGCUACCAAAGGCAGGAGAGGUGCCAAAAUUGCCAAGCUGGUGACCGCCCCAGUCAAUAAGAAACGGGCAUGGAGCUGGCCUUCUUACUUAGAAGAAGAGAGGGCCAUCGCUGCUCCGGUUAAACUAUUCAAAGAGCACCAGUCACUUCCUCAAAGCAGGAACAGUUUUAAAGUGGGAAUGAAGCUGGAGGGGCUGGACCCGUCUCACCCGUCCCUGUUCUGUGUACUCACUGUUGCAGAGAUACAAGGCUAUAGGGUAAGGCUCCACUUUGAUGGUUACCCAGAAUGCUAUGACUUCUGGGCCAACGCUGACUCGUGGGAUAUGAAACCAGCUAGCUGGUGUGAGAAGAAUGGGCACAAGUUAUUGUUGCCUAAAGGUUGUAAGGAUGGAGAUUUUAACUGGAGCAUGUAUGUGAAGAACUGUAGGGGUCAGCUGGCCCCCAAGCACCUUUUCAAGAGUCUCAACACAUCUGUUACUCCGUCUGGAUUUAGAGCCGGGAUGAAGCUGGAGGCGAUUGACAGGAAGAACCCAUCUUUGAUUUGUGUAGCAACCAUUGCUGCUGUUGUUGACAACCGGCUGCUCAUUCAUUUUGACAACUGGGAUGACACAUAUGAUUAUUGGUGUGACGCUAGCAGUCCAUACAUCCAUCCUGUAGGAUAUUGUGAAGAGGCUGAGCUUACUCUGACCACUCCAGCUGGUAAGACCCAGACCAAGACACACGUGGAAUAUAAGCAACCCAAGAGCUUCUCGUGGGAGAAAUACCUGGAAGAGACGGGCACACAGGCUGCUCCUGCUCGUGCUUUUAAACCGCGACCUCCACAUGGCUUCCAGAUUGGGAUGAAAGUGGAAGCUGUGGACAAGAGGAACCCCAUGCUCAUCCGUGUGACAACAAUAGCAGACACAGAGGACCACAGACUAAAGAUUCAUUUUGAUGGCUGGAGCUCAGAAUAUGACUAUUGGGUGGAGACAGACUACCCUGAUUUGCACCCUGUGGGGUGGUGUCUGAAAACCGGACACCCACUACAAUACCCUAACGGCUCCAGUGAUUUAGUAACUGCCGCAGGACAAGGUUGUCCCACCCCAGGAUGCAACGGGGUUGGCCAUAUUAGAGGACCUCGCUAUGGGACCCACUACACUCAGGUGAGCUGUCCCUAUUCGGAGAUGAAUCUGAACAAGGAGGGCUUGCUGCCAGACCGCCUCAGUGGAGAACGCCCUCUCGCCCUCAGUGGACCUCAUCCACGGGGGCGCCGCCCCGAUCCUCAAACAAACACCACAACACAGACCUCCUCAGCACCAGACCAGCUGGAAGAAGCUGAAGACUCCCAGAACAGGAAACCGUUGACAGUGGAGGCUGAGCGUUUAGGACGUGACACUCAGCCAGAGCCACCGGGUGGAGCCAGUGAGCGGAGCCUCAACGGAACGAGGCCUAAACGGACUGCUCCAGUUCCCAAAUACCUGAAAAUGCACUACGUCAAAGAGGAGAUUGGCGACAGUAAAACCUCUGCAGAUGCCAUCUCUCUCCAGCAGGCCCUCCAUGAGUCUGUGUUUUCCCCUGGCCUCUCUGCCUCUCCUCCCCACCGGGUGGCUCUCUGCUGGGACAAACACUGCCAGCUGCUGCCCGAGGUCCUGGGUCUGACUGCCAAGAGAGUGGCCACUUGGAGCGCUGAGGAGGUGGCCAAUUUUGUCAAAGGACUUCCAGGAUGUAAAGAACACGCCGCUACGUUUAAAACGGAGCAAAUAGACGGCGAGGCCUUCCUGCUGCUCACCCAAGCGGACAUUGUCAAGAUCCUGUCCAUCAAGUUGGGACCUGCCCUGAAGAUCUACAACUCCAUCCUCAUGUUGAAGAACGCGGAUGAAGAGUAAGACCUGACCCUAAAGACUGACGAGGAAUCACUCCCUCCUCACCGGCCCCGGAGUGCCGGUUUCAUCAACACUGCUAUAAGACAUUUGAUAAAAUCAACCAGAAGGGGUUUCUUGUCUCGAGCUCUGCAACAGUGCAGCUACACAUCAUCACAGAAAAACGUCCGUCCCUCCCCGACUCCUUCCUCUCCAUUGUGGACAGUACUGAUCAACCUGAGGGAGAGUUUUACAUGAUACCAUUAUAUCGUGUUUGUUUACUGAAUCAUAAAAAAAAGAAAAGAACUACAGGCACCUUUUUAAUGCUCCUUAAUAUUGUACAGUUUAUUAAUUGGAUUUAGGGUCACGAUUCUGUUGCAUUUCCUGUUUUAUUUGAACUGUAAAUUGGGCUCAGAGCAUAUGGAACAAGCGUGUUUGUGCUAUGUUGCAUUUUACUUUUCUUUUUUUUUUUAGCUGCAAAAUACAAUCGUGGGGUGGCGGGAGUUUUAAAAAAAUGUGAAACCCAGUGGAACAGAAGCACUAUGUAGUUCAGCCUUUCUCCUAUAGAGGGAGAAAGUUGGCCACUCCACAGGCCUGAAGGCAAAAGAGAGUUGUGUGUGUGUGUGUGUGUGUGUGUGUGUGUGUGUGUGUGUGUGUGUGUGUGUGUGUGUGUGUGUGUGUGUGUGUGUGUGUGUGUGUGUGUGUGUGUGUGUGUGUGUGUGUGUGUGUGUGUGUGUGUGUGUGUGUGUGUGUGUGUGUGUGUGUGUGUGUGUGUGUGUGUGUGUGUGUGUGUGUGUGUGUGUGUGUGUGUGUGUGUGUGUGUGUGUGUGUGUGUGUGUGUGUGUGUGUGUGUGUGUGUGUGUGUGUGUGUGCGUGCGUGCGGUCAGCUGAUAGUUUUGUGACAAGCUAAGGGCUAAAUAUUAAAUCGAGGAAACUUGAAGUCUUUUAAGGAGAAAGGAGACAACAAACUAGCUCUGUUCUUCAUCUGCUUUGUUGUUUUUGGGGAACGGCAUAUGAAUGUUAAAACAAACAGCUUUUAUUUAGUUGGUGUUUUGUUUGGUUCAUUACCAUUGUAAAUAGUAUACAGCUACAAAAGAACGGUCCCUAACAGAGUUUAAUCCUUCUUGGUUAUGCAAAGGCUUGACAUCUGUCCACGGGAAAGAACUUUCACAGUGAACUGAAAAAUAAGAGCCUCAAUUCAUACAAAGAUUUUGAGAAAGAAAAAAAGAAGAAAUAAAACAAACAGUCAGUGUCUUUGUAAAUCAGCGUGUACUUUAGCAAGUUGGAAUGUACAUCAGCAACUGUUUAUAUGCAAACAGCUUUUAUUUAUGUAUUCUAAUUUAAAGGGUAAUGGUACGCUGUUUUUGGUUCUGGGGUAAGCUGUGGCUGUUUGAUGGAAAGUGUGUGAAUGGGUGAAAAUAAAUGAGAUGCACACUUU